AUCGCCCGUUGAGCCGUUGUUUUCUUGUUGACCCCGCACCUUCUUCGUGCCCGGAAGUGGCGUGAGAGAGCCAGACGAGCGUGUGCACAGCCGUUGAUCAACCCCCGCCCCCGCCUCCGCCUCCCCCGGGUUCAGGUUGUUAGGGUUAUUGAUCCUCAAUCAUCAUGAGUAGUUCGGAAGAGGUCUCGUGGAUCUCGUGGUUUUGCGGCCUCCGAGGCAACGAAUUCUUCUGCGAGGUCGACGAAGAUUACAUUCAGGACAAAUUCAAUCUGACAGGACUCAAUGAACAGGUACCCCAAUAUAGGCAAGCUUUGGACAUGAUCCUGGACUUAGAGCCGGACGAUGAGCUCGAGGACAAUCCCAAUCAAUCCGACUUGAUCGAACAAGCGGCAGAGAUGCUCUACGGCCUCAUUCAUGCCCGUUACAUCCUCACCAAUCGAGGGAUCGCUCAGAUGAUCGAAAAGUAUCAAGCCGGUGAUUUCGGCCAUUGUCCACGCGUCUAUUGUGAGAACCAACCAAUGCUACCCAUUGGGCUCUCGGACGUUCCCGGAGAGGCCAUGGUCAAGCUCUAUUGUCCCAAGUGCAUGGAUGUGUACACUCCCAAAUCCUCUCGGCAUCAUCACACGGACGGCGCCUACUUUGGAACGGGUUUUCCACAUAUGUUGUUCAUGGUGCACCCGGAGUACCGACCCAAGCGCCCCGCCAACCAGUUCGUACCCCGCCUCUACGGCUUUAAGAUCCACCCACUGGCCUAUCAGAUUCAACAGCAAGCGGCGGCCAAUUUCAAGGCACCUAUGCGCACCAUGAGCUACAACAACGGAAAGCGCUAGUCAUCCGCCAACCAAAUGAACAAGAGAUGAAAAUGGUGGUCAGACGUUCGUGGCUAGGGUUGUAAUUGCUGAAGAAUAAAAUAAAACGUCCCUUUCUCCCCCCGGUCCUCCCACUUUCUCUUUUGAUUAGACAUGAAACGCGCAUUUCCUAAUUUUCCCCUCAUGACCCCAACUCCCCUCAACCGCGUCCUCCUCUGGCCCUCCAUUUUGACUGCAGAAUAAGAGCUGACUUUAAUACACAUCUACCUUACCGAGACUCUUGAAGACAACCGCACCCGAAGCGUCCUCCCUCGUCUGGUUGACUUUGUAGUUUCAUUGACUCCGGCUGUUUGAGUCUGAACAGACGAAACUAUCUUUAACCCUUCAAAUCCCCCUUGGCGAGUGUAUCCUCCAUUGACGCCCGAAGUUAAUGAUGAAAAAGAAAGUACGAGCGCAUACGAUGCUGAAUUCUGAUUGAUUCAACAACGAUCCCUGUUGCUAAAGUGUUAAUAAAAUGUCCAAAACAUACCAAA